GGGAACGUUAUGAUUGAUUUUUAAAAGAAAAACCUGAUUUCUAUAUCCUAACUGUAUAUCAUUAAAAUUGCUUUUUUUCCCUUUAUUUUCCUCUUAAACACUUUCUCUUCUUUAGAAUAAAUCAAAUAUGUUUGAUAAGGAAUAUUAAGUUUUUUUCUACUGUUUAAAGAAACAAAUUAACAUAUUCGGUAUAGACUGCAAUUUAAAAAAUAUAUGUAUUAAUUGAAUAAUCAACUACGUGAAUUCUUUCGUUUUCAAGCAGCUGUUGAAAAAUCGAUAUUAGCAUCGAGUCGAUACGUUUUUGCAAUUGCACGAUCCGCGUUCAAAAUGGCUUGUAUAGUUUUAUCAAUUUGAGAGGUAUGAUUUUUUUAAAAGCUAAUCCUUGUUUUUCGAGUAAUAACUAGAGUAUAUUUACAAUUACUUUUAGAGUCAAAUAUGGAGAAAACAACAUUCUUUGAUUACAAACCGAAAAUCUUGAAUGAUGACUUGACCGAAAAUCUUGAGGAUUAUGUUUAUAAGAGAACGAGCAACUCAGAUUCCGAUUUUCAAGAGGAACCUAGGGAAGGAGAUGCAGAAAAUAGUAAAAUUCUUUUAGAUUUGGAUAAGGAGUUGGAAAAAAAUCUUUCAACAUCUAAAAAUGUGUUGUUUGGCGAUGUCUAUGUUCGUAAUUAUAGUGUCGAUGACGACGAAAGAGUAGACGAUAGCUUUAAUUCGUAUUUUGAAUCGCGAAAUCUACCUGAAAUUAAGGUUGUUGACGUUGAUUCAAAUGAUCAGUUUACGCUCGGCCACUCGAGCACUGUAAAAUACGAUGAUUUACUCAUCGAUAUUGAUAAUUCUUCUCAUAACGACGACAACAUAAGGAAAUUUGACGAGGCGGAUCUCUUCCAGGAUCAAGAGACUUCUUCAGAAAAAUACAGCGAUAUCCUCUUUCCAGGGCAUUCUGCAAUAUAUAAAGAAGAUGAAAAUGAUAACGCUGGAAUUGAAUCAACUCUAUUGAACAACUUUAGAGACAAUACACAGUUUACAGAGCAGCCAGAGCCCGAUUUUGCCGGUUUUUUUGACAGAGAAGAAAACUUAUCAGAAGUAAAUAAUCAAUUUUCUAAUAAUGAUUUUUUCUCGAAUUCAUCAGAUAUUCAAUCAAAAUAUUCAGAAGAAAAAAUUGACCAUUUGUCUCGAUAUGAUAAUAAUCCAUUCCGUAUAAAUUCAAAUGAAACUGCCAAAGAAAAUGAAGCCUUAGCCGUAUCAAGAAGUUUAGAGAAUCUCGCUGAACAUUCCGUGGACGAUAAAACUUUAUUUAACGAAACUACAGACAAUUUUGAACAAAUUCAAAAUAUUACUCAAUAUUUUAAUAAUAGUAAUAGUAAUAGUAAUAAUAACAACAAUAAUACUAAAAGUACUACUGCUGGUACUGUUUUGGAUAAUUUCUCAGCUAAUUCCAAUGUUACAGAACCAAUUGUUGACAAUAUAAAACAAAAUGACGAACAUAAAGACAACCUACCUACUGAAGAAGCAAUGGAAGAGGAUAAUAAAAACUAUGACAUAUUUGACGAUUUACUAGAGAGAACAAGAAAUUCUAUAAAAUUAAUAAAAGAGCCUAUAGUUUAUGGUAAUAGUUCGUCAACUACAUCAACCGCAUCAGUAGGAAAAUUACUAUUUUCACCAAAGUUUUCCCAAAAUUCUGAUAUCUCUAUAGAUAAUGUUAAUGAUAAAUUUACUACCGAAAUUAAAUUUUCUAUGUCAGCGCCAUCUGAUGCAACGCCGAGAAAUAAAAGCCAGCUGUUAACAGAGGAUACGAAGGAGAAUGACCUAUUCGAUUCAACAUUGGAAAAUAUCAAUAAAAUAACCUCAAUAGAGGAUAAAGAAACCAUCAUCAGGACAUCUGAAUUUCAAAAUGGCCGAGAACAGUACUUACAACGUAGUUUACGGUCGGCAAUGCUACAUAAUAAUAAAAUCGAUGAGGAACAGAACGAUAGGGAAAAAAAUAAUGAAUCUUUAGAUAGGAAGCUAUCGCUUGACUUGAAAGCUAAUACAGAUCAAAUUCAAAAAGGAAUCUCGGCUCUAUUCAAUAUAAAAAAUGACGAGACGCCAAGUCCAAUUUCUCCAACAGAUCAAGAAUCCCCAUUCCCAUUGAACAAUCCUUUCGAAUCAUUUAAAAAUGACAAUACAAAGCCUUUCGAUACAAAUUCAUCUGAUGUUUUCAGUCAACAAGCUCUAAACACAUCUAAAGAUUGGGAUGAAAAGGAGGAAGAAAUUAUUGAUGGCUAUGAUCAUGUUAAAGCAGUAGAAGUCGCACCGCCUUUACCUUUAUCAGAACCACCUAACCGCAAGACGGCGCCAACAGAGGAGAUAAGAGAUCAUAUCGCAGAUUUCGAAAUGGAUCCGGUGACUGGACUCCGUCGAAUUGACCUGCAAGAUGACCCAGUCGCUAAAGCCCAAUUAUUCGUUGAAGGGGCUCUUUCACCAUCUUAUAAAAUACGAAAGAGAAGCGGUGAUAAACCAUCAGAUGAAAAUAUUGAAUUUCAAAAACAAAGAGAAUCUAUAAUGGACGAAAUGAGGGUCAGAAAAAAAAUAUUCAAUACAGAAUUCUUAAAGGAAGAUAUUGAAGAUGAAGUUUUCGAUAAUAAAGUAAAAGAAAGUGAAAGAAAGUAUUGGCAAAAGAAGAAGGACGACGAAGGAAAGAAGAAAAAUUCCUUACCAAAUAUAUUUCGAUCAAUUAAUUCAUCAAUUGGUAAGUCGAUUAUUUAUUUUCUUUUUAAAAAAACAUCCGAAUUAUUGCGUAACUCGAAAUGA